GUAGUAUACCUCCGAUGCGCUUCGCGCCACCGGCCCACGCCGCAGUGUUUUUUGUGGACCGCAUCUUCCUAGACAGCCCGGCAGAGCCCAGCUUGGCGCCUCCAGCCUUGGACGUGAUGUUCCGCCGGAGCUUUAAUCGCUUUUGUGCUGGAGAAGAGAAGCAAGUUGGUACACGCACAGUGUUUGUUGGCCAGCAUCCAACUUCAGCAGCAGAAGAUUACAUUGCACAAAGAUUUUUUGAUAAUAGAAUAGUCUCAUCUAAGUAUACACUUUGGAAUUUCCUCCCAAAGAAUCUGUUUGAACAGUUUAGAAGAAUAGCAAAUUUUUAUUUUCUUAUAAUUUUCCUUGUACAGGUCACAGUAGACACACCAACUAGCCCAGUUACUAGUGGACUUCCACUUUUCUUUGUUAUAACUGUUACAGCCAUCAAGCAGGGAUAUGAGGAUUGGCUGAGACACAGAGCUGACAAUGAAGUCAACAAGAGAAAUGUUUACAUUAUUGAAAAUGCAAAGCGAGUUAGAAAAGAGAGUGAGAAAAUCAAGGUCGGUGAUGUAGUAGAAGUACAGGCAGAUGAAACCUUUCCCUGUGAUCUGAUUCUUUUGUCAUCCUGCACUAGUGAUGGAACUUGUUAUGUUACUACAGCCAGUCUUGAUGGGGAAUCCAAUUGCAAGACACAUUAUGCAGUACGUGAUACCAUUGCACUAUGUACACCUGAAUCCAUUGAUACCCUCCGAGCAGUGAUUGAAUGUGAACAGCCUCAACCUGACCUCUACAAGUUUGUUGGGAGAAUUAGUAUCUGUAGUAAUAGUCUUGAAGCUGUUGCAAGGUCUUUGGGACCUGAAAAUCUCUUGUUGAAAGGAGCUACACUAAAAAAUACCAAGAAGAUAUAUGGAGUUGCUGUUUACACUGGGAUGGAAACCAAAAUGGCUUUGAACUACCAAGGGAAAUCACAGAAACGUUCUGCUGUUGAAAAGUCCAUUAAUCUCUUCUUGGUUGUGUAUUUAUUUAUCUUACUGACCAAAGCUGCAGUAUGCACUAUUCUAAAGUAUGUUUGGCAAAGUACCUCAUAUAAUGAUGAACCUUGGUAUAACCAAAAGACCCAGAAAGAACGGGAUACUUUAAAGGUUUUAAAAGUGUUCACCGACUUUCUAUCAUUUAUGGUUCUGUUCAACUUUAUCAUUCCUGUCUCCAUGUAUGUCACAGUAGAAAUGCAGAAAUUCUUGGGCUCCUUCUUCAUUUCAUGGGAUAAGGACUUUUAUGAUGAAGAAAUUAAUGAAGGAGCUCUGGUUAACACAUCAGACCUUAAUGAAGAACUUGGUCAGGUAGACUAUGUGUUUACAGAUAAAACUGGAACACUUACUGAAAACAGUAUGGAAUUCAUUGAAUGCUGCAUAGAUGGGCACAAGUAUAAAGGUGUAACUCAGGAAACUGAUGGACUCCCUCAAACUGAUGGACCCUUAACAUAUUUUGAUAAAGCAGAUAAGAAUCGAGAAGAGCUCUUUCUGCGUGCCUUGUGUUUAUGCCAUACUGUAGAAAUUAAAACAAAUGAUGCUGUUGAUGGAGCUACAGAAUUAGCUGAAGUAACCUAUGUGUCCUCUUCACCAGAUGAAAUAGCUUUGGUGAAAGGAGCUAAAAAGUAUGGAUUCACAUUUUUAGGAAUUCAGAAUGGCCAUAUGAGAGUAGAGAACCAAAGAAAAGAAAUAGAAGAGUAUAAACUUCUUCACACCUUAAACUUUGAUUCUGUCCGCCGUCGUAUGAGUGUCAUUGUGAAGACUCAAGCAGGAGACAUACUUCUCUUUUGUAAAGGAGCUGACUCAGCAGUUUUCCCCAGGGUGCAAAAUCAUGACAUUGAGUCAACUAAAGCCCAUGUGGAACGAAAUGCAAUGCCAGGAGCCUUGGACUCUCUCCACACAAUUGCAGUCCAGUCCGCCCUCCCUCUACCAGAGCCCAAGGAUGGGUAUCGGACACUUUGUGUAGCCUUCAAAGAAAUUGCUCCAGAUGAUUAUGAAAGAAUUGACAGACAGCUCAUAGAGGCGAAAAUGGUCUUACAAGACAGAGAAGAAAAAAUGGAAAAAGUUUUUGAUGAUAUUGAGACAAACAUGAAUUUAAUUGGAGCUACUGCAGUGGAAGACAAGCUACAGGAUCAAGCAGCCGAGACCAUUGAAGCUCUGCAUGCAGCAGGUCUGAAAGUCUGGGUGCUUACUGGGGAUAAGAUGGAGACAGCCAAAUCCACCUGUUAUGCCUGCCGCCUUUUCCAAACCAGCACUGAGCUCUUGGAACUUACCACAAAAACCAUCAAAGAAAGUGAAAGGAAAGAAGAUCGAUUACAUGAAUUGUUGAUAGAAUACCGUAAGAAGUUGCUGCAUGAAUUUCCCAAAAGUACUAAAAGCCUUAAAAAAGCAUGGACAGAACAACAGGAAUAUGGAUUAAUUAUUGAUGGCUCCACGUUGUCACUCAUAUUAAAUUCUGGUCAGGACUCUGGUUCUAACAAUUACAAAAGCAUUUUCAUACAGAUUUGUAUGAAGUGCACUGCAGUGCUCUGCUGCCGGAUGGCACCGUUACAGAAAGCACAGAUUGUCAGAAUGGUGAAGAAUUUAAAAGGCAGCCCAAUAACACUGUCGAUAGGUGAUGGUGCCAAUGAUGUUAGUAUGAUCUUGGAAUCCCAUGUGGGAAUAGGUAUUAAAGGCAAAGAAGGUCGCCAAGCAUCCAGGAAUAGUGAUUAUUCUCUUCCAAAGUUUAAACAUUUAAAGAAACUGCUAUUGGCUCAUGGACAUCUAUAUUAUGUGAGAAUAGCACACCUUGUACAGUAUUUCUUCUAUAAGAACCUUUGUUUCAUUUUGCCACAAUUUUUGUACCAAUUCUUCUGCGGAUUCUCACAACAGCCACUGUAUGAUGCUGCUUACCUUACAAUGUACAAUAUCUGCUUCACGUCCUUGCCCAUCCUGGCCUACAGUCUACUGGAACAGCACAUCAACAUUGACACUCUGACCUCAGAUCCCCACUUGUAUAUGAAAAUUUCUGGCAAUGCCAUGCUGCAGUGGAGCCCCUUCUUAUAUUGGACGUUUCUGGCUGCAUUUGAAGGGAUAGUAUUUUUCUUUGGGACUUAUUUUCUUUUUCAGACUUUAUCCCUAGAAGAAACUGCAAAGGUGUAUGGAAACUGGACUUUUGGAACCAUUGUUUUUACAGUCUUAGUAUUCACUGUAACUCUGAAGCUUGCCUUGGAUACUCGUUUCUGGACAUGGAUAAAUCACUUUGUGAUUUGGGGUUCUUUAGCCUUUUAUGUAUUUUUCUCAUUCUUCUGGGGAGGAAUUAUUUGGCCUUUUCUCAAACAACAGAGAAUGUAUUUUGUGUUUGCUCAAAUGCUGUCUUCUGUAUCCACGUGGCUGGCCAUAGUUCUUCUAAUAUUUAUCAGCCUUUUCCCUGAGAUUCUCCUGAUAGUAUUAAAGAAUGUAAGAAGAAGAAGUACCAGGAAUCCGAAUCUUGAACUGCCUAUGUUAUUGUCCUUCAAGCAUAUUGACAGUGGUUACAGCUAAAAAAAAGAAAGCAUGAAGAAACAAGUACAAAAAGUUAUCAUCUCAGGAUAUUCGAUAUGCAACAAACUAAACCACUCUCAUGUCUAGG